UUAACGCCAAGCUCGUGAUUUAAAAACAAAAAAUAAAUUUUUAAGGGAUGAAUUUCGCCUUCCCGGUUAUUUACGGAGGGCGAUGACAAACGCGGAAGUGACGUCAUUACACGUGGCUCGUUAUGUCACUUCCUUAUUUAAAAUGCGGCGUCCAAACACAAAAAACACCAUAAAAAAAACCACCACAAUGCAUAAGUGCACAAAUGACCCAGAAAGGUAUAUGAGAUUCUCAUUUAUAAAUAAAAAUUUAAUUGAUAAUAAAAUAGCACCACGAGUUAAAUGAGACUUUGGCUUCCGGUCGGCCGAGAAAUUCAUUACAUUUGCUGGUGUAAGACGGAAACUGUGUUUAGAAAUGUCCAAACCCAAACUAGUGGUUUUUGAUCUCGAUUACACCCUGUGGCCUUUCUGGGUGGACACUCACGUCGAUCCUCCUUUCCACAAAGAUCAGAGUGGUCGGGUUUUGGACUCGCGCAGUAAUCGUGUCUCACUUUAUGAAGACACUGUAGAGGUCCUGCACUCUCUACACACUCAGGGCAUACGGAUCGGCGUGGCCUCGCGGACAGGGGAGGUGGCUGGAGCCAAUCAGCUCCUCUCAUUGUACAACCUCGACCAAUACAUUUCCUUCAAAGAGAUUUACCCAGGGUCAAAGGUCACACACUUUAACAGGUUGCAGGCAGACAGUGGCGUUUGCUACACAGACAUGAUGUUCUUUGAUGAUGAACACAGAAACAUCAGUGAAGUCAGACGACUGGGUGUGCACUGUGUCCUGGUUCCUGACGGUGUUCGCUCCAAACUUGUUCAUGAUGAGCUUCAGAAGUUCAUGAAGAAGAGCUGAAAAAAAUUGGAAAAGUCCACACACACACACACACACACACACACACACACACACACACACACUGAGUUCUGUAACACACUGAAACGAGAGGAUUUACUGACCUGUAAUAUUAGAGUUUAUUUAAAUAAUAAGUAUUUAUGUGAAAAUCACGUUUAUAUUUGAGCUGGUAGUGAGUUCAGUGUGUGUGUGUGUGUGUGUGUGUGUGUGUGUGUGUGUGAGGAAAGUGUUUACAGAGUUCACUGUUUCAUCUUUUUACAUCUCAUUACUGCUGACUGCUAAGUGUAAAGUGUAUUUUACAACAUUACAAAUAAAUUAAUUCAUUCUGUC